AUGCAGAGAGCCGGAGGCGGGGGUGCCCCCGGGGGCAGCGGCGGGGGCGGCGGUGGGGGCCCGGGCACUGCCUUCUCCAUCGACUCCCUGAUCGGGCCGCCGCCACCUCGCUCCGGCCACUUGCUCUACACCGGCUAUCCCAUGUUCAUGCCCUACCGGCCGCUCGUGCUGCCGCAGGCGCUGGCCCCUGCACCGCUGCCCGCCGGCCUCCCGCCCCUCGCCCCCCUGGCCUCCUUUGCCGGCCGCCUUACCAACACCUUCUGCGCGGGACUGGGCCAGGCUGUGCCCUCGAUGGUGGCGCUGACCACCGCGCUGCCCAGCUUCGCGGAGCCGCCCGACGCCUUCUACGGGCCCCAGGAGCUCGCCGCCGCCGCAGCCGCCACUGCUGCCCGAAACAACCCCGAGCCGGGUGGCCGACGCCCGGAGGGUGGGCUGGAAGCCGACGAGCUGCUGCCCGCCCGGGAGAAAGUGGCAGAGCCCCCGCCGCCCCCGCCUCCGCACUUCUCAGAGACUUUCCCAAGUCUGCCGGCAGAGGGGAAGGUGUACAGCUCAGAUGAGGAGAAGCUGGAGGCACCAGCAGGAGACCCAGCAGGCAGCGAACAGGAGGAAGAGGGCUCAGGCGGGGACAGCGAAGACGACGGUUUCCUGGACAGCUCUGCAGGGGGCCCCGGGGCCCUCCUGGGACCUAAACCCAAGCUAAAGGGAAGCCUGGGGACUGGAGCCGAGGAGGGAGCACCAGUGGCGGCAGGAGUCACAGCUCCUGGGGGCAAAAGCCGACGGCGCCGCACAGCAUUUACCAGUGAGCAGCUUUUGGAAUUGGAGAAGGAGUUUCACUGCAAGAAAUACCUGAGCUUGACAGAGCGGUCCCAGAUCGCCCACGCCCUCAAGCUCAGUGAGGUGCAGGUCAAGAUCUGGUUUCAGAAUCGGCGGGCCAAGUGGAAGCGCAUCAAAGCUGGCAAUGUGAGCAGCCGUUCUGGGGAGCCCGUGAGAAACCCCAAGAUUGUUGUGCCCAUACCUGUGCACGUCAACAGGUUUGCUGUCCGGAGCCAGCAUCAACAAAUGGAGCAGGGGGCCCGGCCCUGA